AUGAGCAAAGAAGUAUUAGACCUAUAAGAAGCAUUAGAAUACUAAGUAGAUGUUGUAUUGAGACUUGAAGAUGAAAGAUUGUUACUCUAAAAAGAGAAUAAUAUAUAAAAGUAAUAUAUAAAUUUCAAAUCUAGAGAAAAGUUGAAAGAGUUAAAUACAAUGUUAUAAAGAUAUCUAGGAUAAUAAUUACUUUAAAUAGAAAAACAUACACAAACUGAAUUAUAGGACAAGCAAAACUUUGAAGUACAAACUCAAGAAGAUGAAAUUAUUUCAGAUUAUUCCUUAAGUAAUUCAACUGUCUCUGUUAUUAAUUAAACAACCCUUACAUAAUAAUAAAGUUAAUCAAAUUCUUCUAAAAUUCUUGAUCAAGCUAAAUCUUUAGUAAAGCAAUCUGCUUAGAGACUUCCUGUAAAAAAAUUAAAAUUUUGUGGAGAUAAUUAUAAAGAGAAUAAGGAUAAAGAUAAUUUAGAAAAAAAAGAAAUUAAACCAACUAAUGUAAAACAAAAUGAUUCCCAAAGUGAAGCAUUAACUAAAGAAAUUGUUAAUCUAACUAAGUAAUUACAAUAAUUAAAGGUAUAUAUAAUAUAUAACUUAGUUGUAAUAAAGAAGUUCUUAAGAAACAAUUAAAAAGUAUGAAAAAGAUACUGGAGAAUUAGUAAAAUUAUUAGAAGUUAAAAAUGAAAUGCUAAACAAACUUAGAAAUGAAAAUGCCGAAAUGGCUAUCAUAAUUAAUUAAGAUAAAUUUAAAAGCGUUCGUCAAUUAGAUUAAGAAUUAAAAAAAGAGAGAGAUGAAAAAUAAAAAUUUUAAGCUCUAAUUUCUUAAAAAACAGAAGAAAAUUAACAUUUAGUAGAGGAACUUAAAUAAUUUAGAGAGGUUCUUUCUAAAUUAACAGAUGAAUUUGAAAGAUAUAGAAGCAUGUAAAUUAUCUAAUUUAUUCAAGGCAUAAUCAAAGUAAUAUAAGUUAAUCAAAAAUUGAAGCAGUUGAUACUUCAUUUUAUUAAGAAGAAUUAAAAAUAAAAGCUUCAACUAUCAAUGAAUUAAAAUUGUAAAAUGAACAAUUAUAAGAAGAAGUUGACUAUUUUAGAAAUUUAAGCCUAUAAUAAAAAAAAAUUACUGAAAAACAAGAAGAAGACCUAGACUUCUACAGAGAAAUAUUAAUUAAGCAUAAAAUAAUUAAAUAAUGA